AGGUCGCAAAACCGCCCUUGCGUUUAAGUUUUUUUGGGGAGUACCCGUCUCUAGGACAUUACCGUUUUGCGCCUCCUUUUUCUUUUUUUCUAAUCUGGCUUUUCGCGACCCGUCCAUUUUUUCUCUUCUUCUGCACCUUAGUGGUAUAUCCUACCGAUAUUUUACAUACGAUGGGGACGACGGAACACUCACGGAGACCACCGCGCAAGCAGGCGGCACCCCAGGGAUAUUAUAAUUCGCGGCUGACGCCGGUGCAGGUGCAGCCGCGGGCGCCGCAGGUGGCGGUGCCCAAUGCAUACAAGACCGUGGACACAAUCAGCCCGGCAGUGUUAAGACCGACAUCGCACGCACUGCGAACGCGGAUCUACCCGCAGACAGCCAUCAGGACGGCCAACCGGCGGUCGCUAGUAGCGAUACACCAGCAGCGGCAGCGGCAGCGGGAAGAAGAGCAAGGCCGGCGGAGCGUGGAGAAGGGCGAGGAGAUUGCCCGGCAAUCAGUAUCGCUGGAUGAAAUAGACACAACAGAGCCAGCUGAUGAGCAUGGGUCGCUGGUGGCAGUGGAAGAGGAAGAGGAAGAGGAGAGGACGUGCCUUGAGGAAGAAGAAGAAGAGGAAGAGGAUGUGCUGGAGGAAGAAGAAAACCGAGUCGGACGGCAGCCGGGAUUCAGGAGACCACGCCAGUGCGGAGACAGUGGUGGAUGUACCGGCAGCAGAGGUGUUGCGGCGGCCAAUCACAAGCACGGUGAUGCAGCGGCGGGCACAGGGCAAUGCGGCGCGGGCCGCAGACGAUCGUCCUGCCGUCGCAGCCAGCAUGCUGGAGGACUGGGAGCCGAUUGAGCUAGACUACGGGACGGACGUCUGCUGAGCAGGCUGGUGGUUGGUGCACCGGCAGCACAGCGACCGGGCGCA